GGCUGAAGGCUUCUGCAUCGUCAGGUAUACCACAUCUCUGCCUCUUCUACGAAGUUGCUCGAAUGCUGUAACAAUGAACGCCGUUCCCCUAUGCCUACUCCUACCCCUACUUGUUCAGCUGUCUGCUACUCUCUUUUACCUUCACUGCCUCUACUCCUUCGAGCUCUACUUUUCAAUCCCCAGCAUGGUCAAGAUCAUGAUGUCUAUCAACUUCUUUCGUCAGUACGGUAAGUAAGCUUUUGCUAUACAAAACUCCUUCUGCUGCUUCAGCAUCUUGUUGCAAAAGAAAGCUUGGGUAUGCCCCUAAUAAAUAGGGAUGCAAAUUGUGUAUGAAUAGGCUCAAGCCCUUUCGAUGCAAAUUGCAGAUGAAGAAGUCACUCUCAGUGUCACGUCGUGGCGUGUUGAUGCCGUACUUCUUGGACUCAUAACAACAACAACAACAACAUGCAGAAGAGUUUGAAUUUUUGCGAGUAUUCCAGUCCUUCUCCUCCUCUCGCAAAGAAAGUUCGUGGUGUGCGUCCACGUUGAGCAGCAAAAGAAGAAGGCGUCAUCGUAGUGCUGCACGCUCUAGCACUGGCGCGUCAACACCUUGACGAGCACGCCCAGAAGAAGACGAAAAUAUACACGAGGCUACUGCUUGCAGGCUUCUAGUACGGAUAUCCAAAAGAAGAAACUCAGUCGUGACGACCGACAAAAGCCGAGACCGCAAAGCCUCCAGGUGAAACGCCUACAAUUACUUACUAUUACCUAUCACGACAACAAAUAUUCUGCGAUUACCUAUCACGACAACAAAUAUUCUGCGAACAGGAUGCGGGCUGAGUAACAUGUCUUCUUCUUCUUUUACUGGUGGCCUCACAUCGGCAUUACUACAAUUUUCUUCCUUGCUUUACCAGAAGAAAAUGCUUCACCUCUACUAGCACUAACUGCACUAGUAGACUAGAAGUUGUACCCACGUCAGAAACAGCAGGCUUCUUCCUAGAGCCUAGAAGAUCCAUCCGCAGGCUAGUUAUUUUGAAGCUCCUUCUAGUUCUAUAAUUCCGUUAUAUGAGUUUCAAUUCCUUGUCAAUGUCUUCCAGCAUAGAUGAAGCGAAGCUCCUAAAUCUUAAAACACGCCAGGAGCAGCACUGCGACCGGUCUCAGCCUGGCAAAAAGCAAUGCAUGGGCCGUGCUUCAAGAUCAGCAAUGCCUCAAGAAAAGAGGACAGCAGGCAUACGAAGAGAUGACACUACAAGAAGAAGAAGAACUUAAAUUUCGUCAUCUACAUGCUAUUACUAUUUCUCAUCUUCGCUUUUUACUCUUACUUAGACCUCACGAAGUACACAGUAGUCUUGUUAUUGAACAUGAUCCGCGUCGCCAUCUUAUUUCGUAGUAUGUUAACAUUUAACAUUGGUCCUUCUGCUGUUGUGCGUAGAAGAUACACUUGGGGUCGUGGUCAGCGUGAUCACUCUCUGCCUUGAUUUUUACUCGGAAGCAGCUUGAUCGCCUACGAAGAAGACUCUUUUGAUCGCCGGCCUUUAACGAUGCGACGCCAAGCGAAGGAAGGGGCACAAGGCAUUUUUUCAGCAACAGACGCGGAGAGGUAUAAGUAAGAUUCUACCUCCAUUCAACACUUGGCAGAAACCGUUACCUCCAUUCAAACGUCAGGGAAAAAGUCAAAUGAUGACUCAGAUAGAAGUAGCUGGCCUGUCAUCUUGGUCGGUGUGCCGUUUUCCGUGACUCGCGUCGACUAUGCCCGCAAGGGGAGACAGAGCCGCGCCACUGAUUUGAUCUCAUUUGAAUUAGCAGUAGAUGUAGAUGGAGGCUCUGCGCCUCCUAGUAGUACUAGGGGCGUCUCCAGCUGUUGCACAAAUCGCAGUAGAAAUGUAAAAACUAGUACAACGAGAACUCAUGUUAUUGUUCAAGUAUUAGAAUACUUUCUGCGCAUGAUCAUCUUCUGAUACCAGCUUCCUUGAGCGGUUCCGAGAGCUAUCGCGGUUUAGGGGCGAGUCAUUGCGGUGCAGGAGAUCAGGACGACUUAUGAAGAGGACAGGAGUUUACUCUUUUUUCUACGCCCUGCGCACUCCUUACUUACAUAGUUAGUCAGUAAUAUAAGAAUGCAAUUAGUCUUCAGAACUAAAAAAGGAUAAAAGUUCUUAUGAAUCUUCGUCCUUCGGAACACAGACGCACGGAUGUAGUUGUCGUCGUGCAUAUUUUUGCAUAUGGGUGGAAGCGACACCUUCUCAUGGCGAGGAUAAGUAAGUAGGCAGACUGAGUUUCCUUGUCGAAAAGUGAGGCGAGAAUAGAAGAGCAUACUUGUUCAGGCCCUCCAGUUUCGUCUUCUUGCUUCUAAGUCCGCUAGAAGUGAGACGCAUAGUGAGGGAAAGGAGACGCUCUACCAGACCGAUGUGGACCACAAUCGAAUGGCUACAACCUAAACUUCAACCGUGACGUUUACGCGUUUAGGCCAUUAGAGGGCGAUGCAAAACAAAGAGCGACCAUCUACGAAUGGGAGACGCGUGCUACAAGUAUUUACUUCGAAAGAGUGCAACAUGUAGAAGAUGCACUAUGCAUAGUUUACUUCUACUAUUUAUGGGGGGCGCGUACUAUUCUCUUGCCAGUACAAGGAAGAACCCGCAAUGUCUGGGAGGGAAUAUCAAGAACAAGAAGUAGAAGUAUGGACAACUUAUGUACUUAGCAAUAUACUCGCCAUCCUUUCUCAGGAGAACCCGACGAAUUUCGGAAGGCGGCGAUGGAGCUACCACAGUGUAUAGCUUGUAGCCGAACCGGUCCCCUGAGCAAGCGUCAGCAUCUGCGACUUUCGAAGUAGAAUACCUACGCAUCUACUUCGUGCGUGUUGUGAAUGAUUCACAGCGUGUACGCUCAAGAACAUGAUCUUCUGCUGCAUGAUAUUAUUCCUAUCAGCCUUUUUAUAUGAUGCGCCAAAACUUUUGGCCCAAGGCAACUUGACGUAGCCAUUUUGGCUCAGGGCAACUUAUAUAUACAUUUUCCCCGUUUCAAUGAGAAUGAGGUGUGCUGCAAAUCUUGACUGGCUUCUUCCUUUCUAUAAGGUUGAGGCUUAGGCCCAGCGGCGCUCAAAGCACUAAAUAAAACAGCCGGUUCGUCUUUACCUCUAGCGUGUAGCCCUUCCGACAAUAUAUGACGCGCCAAAACUAAUUUUUAGGGGUAGCCUUUUGGCUUGGGAUGUACAGGAAUCAGGGGGAACAUGUGCGGGGCAGAUGUAUACACCUCAGACGCCUUGGCGGAUAUACAGACGCCGCACGGAAAUCACGGAGGGGAUGCGCGCUAGUUAUUUACUCGUGCCGGGGUUGUUCGUGCCGCUUUUUCCUUUUCCUGGUUUUCUAAGAUGUGGGUGCGCAAAUCUUAAUGGGAGAGAUGUACUUCGAGGCGUAUGCGCCUUUUUUCGUGAAAAUCCAG